UUUGCUGUGAUGGCGAAUCAAGGGCUACAUGCUUUGACAGAGUGAGAUAUUUCGGAAUAAUUUGGGGAUGUUUUAAGUUCUUUACGCAGUUGGGAAUGGAAAAAGCGUCAAAUUGUUGGAAAUCAUUACUGCUACAUUGGCUCCGGGCUAAAAAAGCGUUAUUAAGUGUGAUUUUUUUUUUUGGUUUUAAAAGUUUAAUGUGUUUCAGUGCAAAGCAGAUUUCACUUUGCCUGAGUGACAAGCAUUGUCUGACACUUUACUGAAAUCGCUAGAAACAGGAUGAGUGUAAUUGAAUUUCUGCACUGCCCCCAAUUUCAGUUGUGAGGGUGUUCUAAUGUAUCAGCCAGUGUUUGUGGGGGAGGCGGAGAGGUGAAUUUUUGAACUUGGUUUCCUUUUUAAUGUUAAAGUUUUGAGGUUGUAAAAUACCUUGUCUAAGGCAUAGAUUUAAAACAGCUUCUUGUACCAGACGAACACUUCGAUUGGGUGGCUCAGGUUAGACGUGCAGCAUUGCCUACCUGUUUGUUUUGAAUUUAUAAUCAAUACUAACUACGGGUUGAUAAAUUCUGCUACUGCAAUUGUAAAGAAUACGUCCAAUGUUGUUUCAAAGGGAAUCUUUUAAUUGUUAAUUACAAUGGGUGGAUACCCCAAUUAUAAUGUCUUUUUAGUAACAGUUCAGAGAGGGCUGCCUUUACUCAUUGAACAAUAUUGGCAACAGAUGCCCGCGCGCCGUCUCCAAAUGUCAAUGGUUACUUUUGAAAUCUUUUAGUUUUCCAACCAAAAUAAAAUGAACCUGGCUCUGGGAUCUCGCAUCACUCUCACAAGCAAGUCUUAAUAGUCUCAACCUUUGCCGUGAGAUCUAGGUACUGUUCAAGUCCCUCCCAAAACGAGCGACAAACCAGUGUUUGCCCUGUCAUGUCUCGACGGAAGUUUUCAUUUCAGUCUACAAAGCACUGAACUCUGUGAUAUUUCACGGACUGGGCUAAUUUGAAAGUCUACGUGGAAAGAGGUGGGAAUGAUUCCAAUGUGUGUUCCUUCAGCCAGCUGAAGCCGAUAGAUCUCAUUAAUUAGCAAUGACCCUACUGCCAUGUUUAUUUAUUUUAGACACCCUGCCAUCUAAUUCCAUCAGUAAAACUUCAUUUCUUUAACAUCUCAAUUUGGACCUGAAAAAAACACUGUAGUAACGAACACUUUAAUGACCCCCCCCUUUCCCCUGCCAUCUUUUUCAACUUUGGAAGCCUAAUUAAUCGAAGCUGUUUCUGAAAGUUCAAAUUGACUGUUUUCUCUGAGGAGUUCCACUCUGGUAAAAUCCUUUUACAGAGAUUUUAAACAGACCUCCUCGCUUGGAACAGGACAGCUCCUUUUGGAUACAUCCCAGAAAAAAGAGAUCUCAGCAUGAACAAUAUUACUGAGCUGCCGCAGAAUGGCCUUUUCAACAUGUAUUUCCUUGAGGAGCUGCGUCUUGCAGGAAAUGACUUAAAACACAUCCCCUUGGGAGCAUUUGCUGGUCUUUACAAUCUUAAAGUCCUCAUGUUACAGAACAACCGCUUGGGGGCAGUUCCUGAGGAUGCAUUACAGAACUUGCAAAGUCUCCAGUCACUGAGACUGGAUGCCAACCAUAUCUCUGUUGUGCCAUCAAACUGCUUCAAAGGAUUGGUCUCACUUAGACAUCUCUGGCUAGAUGACAACGCCCUGACAGAUAUCCCAGUCAAAGCUCUGAGCAGUUUACCUUGUCUACAAGCCAUGACCUUGGCCCUGAAUAGAAUUCCUCAUAUCCCAGACUAUGCAUUUCAGAAUCUUUCCAGUUUGGUAGUUCUGCAUCUCCAUAACAAUCAAAUCCACUCCCUGGGGAAGAGAUGUUUUGAUGGUCUCCACAGCCUAGAAACUUUAGAUUUGAACUACAACAAUCUGGAUGAAUUUCCUGUUGCGAUAAAGACACUAACAAAUCUUAAAGAGCUGGGCUUUCAUAGCAACAACAUUCGGUCAAUCCCUGAACAUGCAUUUGUUGGCAAUCCAUCCCUCCUAACUAUCCAUUUCUAUGAUAAUCCGAUCCAAUUCGUUGGAAAAUCUGCUUUUCAACACCUGCCUGAGUUACGCAUACUCUCCCUUAAUGGAGCAACUGAAAUAACUGAAUUUCCAGAUCUUACUGGCACCAUAAGUUUAGAAAGUCUGACUCUAACAGGAGCACGAAUUGCAUCUCUUCCAAGCACUGUUUGCAAACAGCUACCAAAUUUGCAAGUUUUAGAUCUGUCUUACAACUGGAUCCAGGAACUCCCAAGUUUCUUUGGUUGCCAGAAGCUUCAAAAGCUUGACCUGCAUCACAACAAAAUUUAUGAAAUUCAGCAAGAUACUUUCCGCCAGCUCACUGCCCUGCGAUCACUUGACCUUGGUUGGAACAAAAUUGAAUUUAUACAUCAAGAAUCAUUUAUUUCUUCACCAUCUUUAAUCAAACUUGACCUCACCUUCAAUCUUCUGUCAUCUCUUCCUGUAUCUGGACUAAAUGGAUUAACACAUCUCAAAAUAACUGGCAAUCAAGCUCUACAAGAUUUGUUGCCUAUAGAAAGCCUCCGGAACUUGAGGGUGUUAGAAAUGCCCUAUGCUUACCAAUGCUGUGCAUAUGGAUCUUGUGAAAGUUCCUACAAACUCACAAAUCAGUGGGAGAAAGUUGAGAACAACAGUGAGGAGGAAGCUCACAAACAGGAUGCUGGAAUGCUGUCUGGUCAAGAUGAUCAGGACACUGACGAUUUGCUAACAGACUUUGAAGAAGAUCCUAAGGUCCAUCAUUCUGUCCAAUGUGCUCCAGUUCCAGGACCCUUCAAGCCGUGUGAUCACCUGUUUGGUAGUUGGAUGAUACGUCUUGGUGUAUGGAGUAUUGUUUUGCUCUCUCUUGUCUGCAAUGGUUUAGUCGCCACAACAGUUUUUGGAUCUCCGGCAUUUAUUGCCCCACCGAAACUUUUAAUAGGCCUCAUGUCACUCGCGAACGCUCUGAUGGGGGGUUAUAGUGGCAUUUUGGCAGUUGUAGAUCUGUGGACAUUAGGCAGAUUUGCAAAAUAUGGAGCAUGGUGGGAGAAUGGAGUUGGCUGUCAAGCUGCAGGUUUUCUGUCUGUAUUUGCUUCAGAGAUGUCCAUUUUCCUACUUACAGUUGCAGCAGUUGAACGCAGUCUAUGUGCAAAAUGUGAUAUAAAACAUGGAAAAUCUCUGGCUAGCGUCAAGAUAGCAGCUACAUUCUGUGCGAUUCUGGCAUCUAUAAUAGCAAUGCUUCCACUGUUCCAUAUUGGAGAUUACGGGAUUUCUCCACUUUGUUUUCCUUUACCCUUCGGUGCACCUUCAACUUUAGGCUUUCUUGUGGCUUUAGUUUUGCUGAAUUCUCUUUGCUUCCUGGUAAUGACAAUAACCUACACAAAGCUUUACUGCCAUUUGGAAAAGGGAGCCCUACACAGCCUUUGGGACUGCUCAAUGGUUAAACAUGUUGCCUGGCUACUCUUCACUAACUGUAUUCUAUACUGCCCCGUGGCUUUCCUGUCAUUUUCCUCUUUGCUGAAUCUCACAGUUAUUAGUCCGGAAGUAAUCAAGUCAAUACUCCUAGUGAUUCUUCCAUUGCCAGGAUGCCUCAAUCCCUUGCUGUACAUUUUUUUUAACCCACAUUUCAAAGACGAUCUUGUACUUCUGAGGAAGCAUGGCCGAUUAUGGAAGAAAUCAAAGCAGAGAAGUUUGGCCUCAAUAAAUUCAGAAGAUGCAGAGAAACAGUCUUGUGAUUCUACUCAAGAACUGGUGACACGCCCAGGAAGCAGAAAUGUUGCAUGCUGUGACUCAGUGAUCAAUACUUCCAGACCACUGACUUACCAGAUGAUGGAAACUUGACAGCAGUCAUUUUUGUUCGCCAUCAUUUAAUUGUCAAGGUAAAGGACCAUGGAAAGAAACUUCACGCCAGGUUGAACUGGUUGCUACAGAUAGUUCUAAACACUUGUGUUUUAAAUGGCACAUUUUUAUGCAUGAUGCCUCCCUUCCCACUGAAACAUUUACCCUGUGGCAGAGAAAUCAGAUUAUGUGAAAAAUCUUUACACUCCAGAAGAUCAGAAUGCCACCUUCAUUAUUCCAGAAAGUUCUUCAGAUGUCACAUUGUCAACCAACCACUGCAAUGAUUCAACCAAUAAGAACUUCAUAAUUACAAAUUUUAUUUGAAACUCAAGUUCAUAGAUGGGAAGUUUGAAAACUUUAUCAGCAUAUGCACUAUAGUUCAAAACCUAAUGCACAGUUCUUGAAAUAUUGAAGAGCUUCCUUCAUGUAGUUCAUCUCCAGACCACUUUGAGUGCCAGUGACAUGAUUACGAGAUUACCUGUAAUACACAGAGCUAGAGAGAUUUUACAGCAUGGAAAAGGCCCAUCAUACCAUAUCCUAAAACUGCAUUCAAAUGUCAUAUGAUUUCCUUUAGACUCUGACUACACUUGAUUUCAAAUGUAAUGACUGCAAUAGGUUUGCUGAAUAUAUGCCUCUCACAGCAACACUUCCGAUCCACAUCGUCAAUUUAAAUUUGUUCUGAAUGAUGCAUCUCAUUAAUUUUUACUACUUUGUCCACAUACUUAACAUUUUAUUGGUUGAGAUAAUUCUAAUUAUUCAGACUUUGUCCAUUGAUGAAAGAGGUGUAGCCAUUCAACACCUCUCCCAAACUAUUUGAAUCAAUAAAGGAGAUGUGGUGGCUCAGUGGCUGGCACUGCUGCCUCCCAGGGAUCAGGGUUCAAUUCCAUUUUUGGGUGACUGUCCUUAUGGAGUUUGCACAUUCUCCCUGAAUCCGUGGAGUUUCUUCCAGGUACUCCCAUAGUCCAAAGAUGUGCAGGUUAAGUGGAUUGGCCGUACUAAAUUGUCCUUGGGUCUAAGGUUGUGCAGGCUAAAUGAGUUAGCCAUGGGAUAUGCAGGGUCAUGGGGUAAGAACAUAGAAUGUUACAGCAGAGUACAGGCACUUCGGUCUUCGAUGUGCCAACCUGUGGAACCAAUCUGAAGCCCAUCUGUCUGACACCAUUCCAUUUUUAUCCAUAUGUUUAUCCAGUGAAAAGAUUAAUAAAGGACUGAGUUGAACAAACAAGGAUAUGAACCGCGAACAUUUGCAUCUUGUACAUUCACCUACAGCGAGAAUCAUACCGUUAGACUAAUAAGCCACCACCAGGAUGUGGUGAGAUCCUCUUCGGAGGGUUGGUAUGGAUUUGGUGGGUUGAAUGGCCUACUUCCAUACUGUAGGGAUUCUAUAAAAGAGAUAAAGUUCACCUGUAACUCGUAAGAGUAUAGUGUGAUGAGCAAAUCAAUUCCCCUUACUCCACUGGUUCAACCUUUAAGUUCUUAAAUUAUCUGAAGUCACUAUGUAGAACAGUCAGUUAAAGGAUGGUUCACAUGCACAUAUGAUUCAACAGAUUCCUGAAUGCAUGUUACAUUAAAAAUAUCUGAUAACUGUUAACUAAACUUCUGUUAGUGAUGUUAGCGUUAAUGUGCCAAACAUCAUUGUGUUCAAUCAUAUCUUAGGAUAGGGAUAUAAACCUGGACCUUAACUCACUGCCGCUUUAUUAUGACUUGACAUUGUAAAUUUGUCUCUGCUUAGUUAUUGAAACUAUUACUUCAAUUUAUUUUUACAUUCCUGGGUCACAAAAGAUUCCUGCUUAAGAUUAAUGACCCAUUCAAAUCACAGAAUAGACUACAUAUUCAUUCCUGUAUUUACAUAAAUUAUGUACAAUAUGAUUAAUUAUGAGAUUCAUAUCUUUAGUAAAGAGAUCUGCACUUUUCAAAAACUAAAUUUAAGUAGUUUAGCAAUGGAUAUACACAAGAUUAUUGCAAUAAAUAUGUAUUAGAAAUUGUUUUAAAAUAAUAAUUAUGACAUAACUAAAAAAACUUGCAGUACAAUAAUCCUACAAAGUCUGACCAUAAAAACAAGAAAAAAAGUGUCUUAGAGAUUAAAGUAUCAAAAACAUUUGUCACUCCUGAAUUUUCUUAAAAUCUAUAAAAUAUAUGUACAUUUAUGAAAAUAAAAGUGUAUUUAUUUGUUUUAAGGGCAAUACCGAUUUUGUAUCCACACUAGAUAUUGCGUAAUGCUUUACCAGGAAAAACAGAAUCAUUAAUUCAAUCCCUUGUGUGGAGUGUAAUAUUUUCUGUGUAUUUUUGAAGUGCCAUACUGAAUAGAAAUGCCUCGCCAUGAAUUCACUUUUGGACUGUAAAUAAUGUAUGUAAACAUUUAGCUGUAAAUAGUUUGGCUGCUGGAAUUUCCACUUCAGAAUGGAAAUAAGAACAUGUUAAAAUAAAUA